AUGUACGAAGAAGUCUGCCUCCUCUGUGGUAGGCCAGUAACCGUCGAUGGACGAGCAUACUGCAGCGACGAGUGCGAGAGCCUUGACGCGACCUCACCAUCCGUGUCCGCCACAAGCAGCGCUUACGCAUCCCCAUACUUGCACUCUAGUAGCGGUCCCGGCAACCUUCUGGAUGUGCCCGCUCUAGUCCCAUCCUCCAUCGGCGUCGCUCUCCAGGGCAGUAGCCCAUACAAGGCUCACAAAAGUCGACACUCGAUCUCAUCCUCGUCCACGUCCUCCGCCGUCUGGUCCGUAUCCACCGACGAGGAAGAGGAAGAGGUGCUCAGCACGGCUGCCGACGAGGAGCUUGGUUGCGGUCGGGACUACCUCAGCAUUGACGGUGGUUCAAAGACAGGAGGAUCGCUUGGACGCUACCUCUAUCAGCCACGCGGCCUGUCGUACGCUCGUCGACCAUCUGGUACCGACCACCGUUCCACUGUCCCGACGCUCAACCGACGAACUUCAUCUAUGUCUGACCCUUCGGCUGCCGACUCAGAAUCUCUGCAGAGUGCACCGGCGCCAUGCUGCGCCGUCGACGACGACUUUUCUGACGCAGUGUCAUCUGCGUCGUCGGUAUAUUCAUAUGGGGCACGCGCGGAGUCCCGUCACAGCAGGAAAGCUAGCAGUGUCAAUCACGUAUCCACUGAGCAGGAGCACGAUGCGGAUAACACCAUCACAUCAAAGUCGAGGCGCAACCGUGUGAGCCUCCCAGCGUACUUCUCCCUGCUGACCACGUCCACACCUUCGCCAUCCUCCACCCGCUCGCAACGAACUCCCUCGUCUCUCCAGACGCUUGCUACCGUCACACGAUCCCUCCAGUCAUCUCCUCCUACACCUCGCGUGGCUCACCCCAUCAUGGACCCCAUCACGGCGUAUUCUCAGGCUCAUUCAAAACUCCAAGGAGUAGAGGCGACAUCCCGCGGUCGGAGAAGGCAGCGGGACCCCAAUGCACGCUCGUCGUCUGGCAGGUCAGCUGCUCGCUCUCCUCCGCGUCAAUCAACCCGUCCUCGGGUGUCAGGAACGCCGCCACCGUGCACACACCACCUCGCUCGGAUCAGUCCACAGGCUCGUGCUCGUCUCGACAGCAUCGAGAAGGUGACGGAUUGGGUCUCGAACAGCACCGCUGCCGCACAGCGCGGCCGCACUCUCACUCGACGCAACAGCUCGCCGUUAGCGAAGCCGCAGCUCGAAACCUUCGUCGGGAGCCCGAGUUCAGAGGACGACAUUGCUGCUGUUCGGCAGUUCCUCGCGCGCAGCCUUCACUUCCGUUAUGCUCCUUCUCUUAACGAGGAUCCUUCUGUCGCUCUCGAAGGGAGGCGAGGACGAAGAAAGGUCGAAGAGCUGGAUGCGCCUCCCUCGGGCAUUGAGAGCGGGGUAGCGCCUGGCUACGGCAAUGGACGCAGCGGUCUGAAGUCGCGCGGCAGAUCGCGUGGACGGACCGUCCAGCGCUGA